AUGAUUCCCCGCCUGGCCCGUAUGGGCAGUGCGAGGCCGAUCCCGUCGCUCUUCGUCCUCACCCCGCUCCAAGUCGCCUGUCGCCGCGCCUCAACCCAAAUCCUUCACUCCAACAAACAGGCCAAUGGCCCAAGCACCACCCUACCUGCGACUCUCGAAAUCCCCGCCCGCGACCCCGGACAGAAUAUUCUCAGCUAUGCCUUCCAGUCCGGCAAGGCCUACUGGGGAUUCUACAAGCAGGGCGUGAAGAAUGUCUGGGCAAACCGCAAGCUCGCGAACGAGGUCAAGUCGAAGCACAGAAGCGCGUCCGGCAUGGCCUUGACGCGCCACGACUUCCAGCUGCUGCGCCGGUCAAGGCACGACAUGCGCCGCGUCCCCGCCUUCGCUCUUCUGCUCCUAGUGUUCGGUGAGUGGCUGCCGUUAAUCGUCAUCUUCGUCAAUGGCCUCGUCCCGCUGCCGUGUCGCAUUCCGCGCCAGGUUCAGAGUGCCGAGCGCAAGCGCGAGGACCAGCGUUACCGAGGCCGCCUGCUGCUGUCCGACACGUCACAGCGAGCCGGCCUGCACAGCCAGCAUGUGCCGAGCGGCGAUACUCAGCUGAAGGCGCUGAGCACGCUGCGCAUCGACCUCAAAACCGCCACCAAGAACCUGCUUGACCACAAGGGAACCGCCCUGCCUGCCUAUCUGCAGCUUGCCUUUACCAACUUCAACCUGCGCUCGCCCCUCUGGGACCGGACAUCGAUCUCCGCUAUCAUGCCCACCGUGUUGUGGAAGCACAGGCUGAAGAGGCACUUGACAUACAUGGCCACCGAUGACGCACUGCUGCUGCGCCAUGGCGGCGUCAAGAGUCUUAGUGCAGAAGAGGUGCUCUUUGCUUGCACCGAGCGCGGCAUACGACUUGUGGAAGAGGAUGGCCAGGUGAGGCGGCACCAAAAAUUGAGAGAGGAUUUGACCCAGUGGCUGGAGAAGAAGAGGUCCGAGGCGUGGUUGAAGCUGUUUGAGAAAGAGUUAAAGUAA